AGAGAGAGAGAUAAAGGUGUGGUUUAUGGGCUGAUCCCAGGUGCAGGUACAAAAGAAAGGUAUAUACAGCUGUAAUGCUGUUACAGUAUUACAAGAGCAAGAGUGUUUCACAAGGAUGGUGUUCAGGACGUUGUGUGUGGUGCUCCUAGUCUUCACCAAAGGAUGCCUCUCACAGCUGAAUGUAUGUGGUGUAGCUAAUCUCAACACCAGGAUCGUAGGAGGACAGAAUGCUGUUUCUGGGUCUUGGCCUUGGCAAGUCAGUCUGCAAGUGAAUGGAGGACAUUUCUGUGGUGGAUCCCUCAUCAAUAAUGGCUGGGUCCUCUCAGCAGCUCACUGCUUUGGAAGUUACACAUAUGAUCAAGUGACUGUAAAACUGGGGCUGUAUACUCUGGCUGGAAGCAACCCUAACAGUGUGUCAAGAUCCCUCACUGCGGUCUUCAAACAUCCGAACUACAAUAGUCAAACGAGUGAUAAUGACCUCGCUCUGCUGCAGCUGUCUUCUACUGUAUCAUUCAGUAAUUAUAUCACUCCUGUCUGCCUGGCUGCAACAGGGAGCACUUUUAACAAUGGCACCCUGACCUGGGUUACUGGCUGGGGAAACAUCCGUGUUGGAGUAAGUCUACCUUCUCCUGGGAUACUACAGGAAGUUCAGGUCCCAGUUAUUGGAAAUAGACAAUGUAACUGUUUAUAUGGAGUUGGAUCUAUCACCAACAAUAUGUUGUGUGCUGGGUUUUUGCAAGGAGGCAAAGACUCGUGUCAGGGUGACUCUGGAGGUCCACUGGUCAUCAAACAGGACUCUCAGUGGAUCCAAGUUGGCAUUGUAAGCUUUGGUAACGGCUGCGCUCUUGCCAAUUUCCCUGGUGUGUAUACAAGAGUUUUUCAAUAUCAGAACUGGAUCAAUGGAAUAAUCACCGCAAACCAGCCAGGCUUCAUCAAAUAUACAUCCAGUGGCACUGAUAGUGAUCUGCAGGUGAACUGCAAAGGCUUGCCAACCGUUCCCCCAACUACUGUACCAUCUGUGGUAUGUGGAAGUUCCAAGCUCAAUACUAUUUCCGAAGGAGCAAGCUCCUUGGCAACAGCAGGUACAUGGCCGUGGAUGGCCAGUCUGCAGGUUAAUGGUACUCAUGUGUGUGGUGGAACACUGAUAGCCCAGCAGUUUGUGAUGAGCUCAGCUGAUUGUUUCUCUAGCUCAGCAAAACCCUCUGAUUGGACUGUGAAACUGGGUCGCCUCAAUCAGAAUGGCUCCAACCCUAAUGAGGUCUCUGUUGCUGUAACUAAUAUCACAUUUAGCACAAAUGGCACCAAUAACAUAGCAGUGCUGAAGUUGUCUACCACUCCUACUCUGUCCGACUUCAUCCAGCCCAUAUGCGUGAACCUGGGGAGUACCAACUUCAACAUUGGUACUCAGUGCUGGGCAGCUGGCUGGGGCUCAGGGGGAGGAGCUCAACAAACUCUUCAGCAGUUCAACACGACCAUAGUGGACUGUGGAACUGCUUCUUCAUCAAACACCAUCUGCAUAUCAGCCAUACCAUUAGAACAGACUGAAAGAGGGGGUCCUCUAAUGUGUAAGAUUGGGCAGACAUGGAUCCAGGCUGCAGUUUUAACCCUAACCAACAACACUUCGAACAGCACCACUAACUCCACCAACAACUCGAACAGCCCCACUAACUCCACCAACAACUCGAACAGCACCACUAACUCCACCAACAGCUCGAACAGCUCCACUAACUCCACCAACAACUCGAACAGCACCACUAACUCCACCAACAACUCGAACAGCACCACUAACUCCACCAACAACUCGAACAGCACCACUAACUCCACCAACAGCUCGAACAGCUCCACUAACUCCACCAACAGCUCAAACAGCACCACUAACUCCACCAACAACUCAAACAGCACUAGUGGCUCCACUAAAUCCUUGCCAGAUAUUUUCCCUCGUGCCACGAAUGUACAGGCCUUCACUUCAACAUCUGGCUUCUCAACUUUCUUGCAGGCUACAGUGGGUACAUUCCCUCCUGCUACAACAUCCAGCAACACAGCAUCUUCCUCUUCAUCAACGUCAGACAGUAAAGCUUUGUCAUCCAUUUCAGUUGUCUCAGUCCUUCUACUGUCAAUUCUUGCACUCCUCCAGACUUUUGCAUGUGAUACCUGCUUAAGGAAUAAGUCAAGCAAUAAACCUCCCGCUGGUCUUCUGCGGUCGCUCCCGGUUUCCCGCCGGCCUUGGUCUCAUAUCGCUCUGGACUUCAUGACCGGUCUUCCCAACUCCAAUGGCUAUACCUGCAUCCUGACCGUGGUGGAUCGAUUCUUCAAGUCUGCCCAUUUGGUUUCCUUGCCAAAACUUCCGUCAGCCAAGGACACAGCCGAAUUGGUGAUUCUCCACAUCUUCCGCCUGCAUGGUCUCGCCUCCUACAUCAUCUCUGACCAUGGCCCCCAGUUCUCAACAGAAUUCUGGAAGGCAUUUUGCACACUGGUCGGAGCAACACCCAACCUGUCCUCUGGAAAUCACCCUCAGUCAAACAGGCAGACAGAGAGACUUAACCAGGAACUGGAGAAGGCCCUAAGGUGUCUCUCUCUUCCAAUGCUGCUUGGGCUAUUAGCCACCCCUGUUCCCAUUCCAAGAAAAGGAGAUAACGGUACCCUCAGCAUCAUCUAUCAAAUGCCGCUGCAAAAGGGUUUGGUCCCAGGCCAGAACCCGCCUCCUACACACCAUCAGCUACUUCAAACGAUUGUUUCAGGGUGCCUCUCACAGCUGAAUGUAUGCGGUGUAGCUAAUCUCAACACCAGGAUAGUAGGAGGACAGAACGCAGUUUCUGGGUCUUGGCCUUGGCAAGUCAGUCUGCAAGUGUUUGGAAGCCAUUUCUGUGGUGGAUCCCUCAUCAAUAAUGGCUGGGUCCUCUCGGCAGCUCACUGCUUUGGAAGUUACACUGCCUCCGACGUAACUGUAAAACUGGGGCUGUAUACUCUGGAUGGAAGCAACCCAAACAGUCUGUCAAGAUCCCUCACUGCGGUCUUCAAACAUCCAGACCACAAUGGUCUAACAAACGACAAUGACCUCUCACUACUGCAGCUAUCUUCUACUGUAUCAUUCAGUAAUUAUAUCACUCCUGUCUGCCUGGCUGCAACAGGGAGCUCUUUUAACAAUGGCACCCUGACCUGGGUUACUGGCUGGGGAAACAUCCGUGUUGGCGUAAGUCUACCAUCUCCUGGGACAUUACAGGAAGUUCAGGUCCCAGUUAUUGGACACAGGAAGUGUAACUGCUUAUAUGGAGUUGGAUCUAUCACCAACAAUAUGUUAUGUGCUGGGUUUUUGCAAGGAGGCAAAGACUCAUGUCAGGGUGACUCUGGAGGUCCACUGGUCAUCAAACAGGGCUUUCAGUGGAUCCAAGUUGGCAUUGUAAGCUUUGGUUAUGAAUGCGCUCUCCCAAAUUUUCCUGGUGUGUACGCAAGUGUUUCUCAAUAUCAAAACUGGAUCAAUGGAAUAAUUACCGCAAACCAGCCAGGCUUCAUCAAAUAUACAUCCAGUGGCACUGAUAGUGAUCUGCAGGUGACUUGCAGAGGCUUGACUCCUGUCACCACAACUGUACCUCCAACUACUGUACCAUCUGUGGUCUGUGGAACUGCCAAGCUCAAUACUAUUUCAGGUGGAGCAGGCAGCCCCUUGGCAUCAGCAGGUACAUGGCCAUGGAUGGCCAGCCUGCAGCUUAAUGGUACUCACAUUUGUGGUGGAACACUGAUAGCCCAGCAGUUUGUCAUGAGCUCAUCUGAUUGCUUCUCCAGCUCAUCAAAUCCCUCUGACUGGACUGUAAAACUGGGUCGCCUCAACCAGAAUGACUCCAACCCCAACGAGGUCUCUGUUGCUGUAACUAAUAUCACAUUCAGCACAAGUGGCAGCAAUAACAUAGCAGUGCUGAAGUUGUCUACUACUCCUACUCUUUCCGAUUUCAUCCAGCCCAUAUGUGUGAACCUGGGAACUACCAACUUCAGCAUUGGUACCCAGUGCUGGGCAGCUGGCUGGGGCUCAGAAGGAGGAGCUCAACAAACACUUCAGCAGUUCAACACUACUAUAGUGGACUGUGGAAAUACAUUUUUAUCAAACACUAUCUGCAUAGUGGCCAUACCAUUAGAACAGACUGUAAGAGGAGGCCCUCUAACGUGUAAAAUUGGGCAAUCAUGGAUUCAGGCUGCCGUUUUAACCCUCACCAACAACAUUGCGAACAGCACCACUAAUUCCACCAACAGCUCGAACAUCACUAGUGGCUCCACUAAAUCCUUAAAAGAUUUUUCCUCUCCUGCCGCAAAUGUACAGGCCUUCACAUCGACAUCAAGCUUUUCAGUUUUCUUGCAGGCUACAAUGGGUACCUUACCUCCUGCUAAAACUUUCAGCAGCACAUUUUCAACUUCAUCUAAUUCUUCGUCUUCAUUAUUUUCAGCUAGUGAAACUUCAGUUACCUCAGUCCUUCUACUGUGCCUUCUUGUCAUACUUCACAUUUUUGGUUUUGAAUAAGUAAUCCUAAUAAUCCAGUAUAUAAUUCAGGGAAAUUACACUAUAUGCACUAUAUCUCUAUAUCUUUUUUCCAUUUGUUUGUUUUGUUUUUCCACUUUACCAGCAUGGUAUGAUGAUAUGAUUUCAGUGCAGAUAGGAGCUACCAUUUAGUCAUCAUAAAACCUUAAGACGAUUUUUUUCCUGUUCUU